CUGGCAUCUGUGAGGCUUCCUGCUAUAAUCGCGGGAUAUCUACAUAACUACAAAUUGGGGCUCUAGUUUUGAUCUUGGUGCCGGCAUCGAAUUCUUAAUCAAACAAGUUUGGCCUCCCCCAAUCCGCCAACCUACCAACGUCGGAGUUUUGAGGCCUCAAGAAUCCACAGUUUUCAUUAUCCGUCUAAUUUGAUAUGAUAGUAUAUGCUAAAUAUUUGUAAUGAAUAUGAACUGACGAAAAAAUGAAUUUCGUUUAAAUUUAAUUGUAUUUACUGUAACAUUUACGAUUUUCCACUGAAGACCUCAAUCAGUUAACACCUUGAUGAAGAGUUGUUGAACAUUCACAAAUGACUUGUCAAGAAGGAAAUAUGUAAAAUAUUUUAUAUUUACUUUUUUCCAAAUACAUGUUUAUGAAAAGUAUGAUAUUACUAGCGAUUCACGUUAUUUGGUUAUAAUCCUUUACUGUACAAUUAUUGUAAAUACUGUAUAAGUUAAUGGGUAACCCUAGAAAAGAGUGUGUAUAUGUAGAUAAUUCCCAUGUGUUAAUGAAAGUAUGAGUAAUUUACAGUGACAACAUUGUGAUAAAAACUGAACCAAAUUAGAGUAACAAUGUCAUUUUUUUUGCAACUUAAACUUUUACUUUGGAAAAACUUCAAAGCCAGGAAGAGGCAAAAAUGUAGGUGUUUCUCUGAACUAACAUGGCCACUUUGCUUAUUUCUACUUCUGAUUUGGGUCAGAAGUAAGGGAUUUCUUGUCAAUGUGCACCCUUGCAAUUUUGAAGAAAAACCUCUACCAUCUGCAGGUCUUUUGUUUUGUUACCAAGGAUUAAUUUGUACACUCAACAACACUUGUCACAGUGACUAUAGGGACACUUUCCGCAACUACAGUAAUCUGAACUCUUCCAGAUUUCUCAAAUUUAUGACUGAUGUCAACUCAAUUAAUACUAAAUCUGAUCCAUGGAAUACGAACGUGUUCCUUGAAUAUUCAAAAGACCUUGAUGAAUUAAGGCAUGGAAUGUUAAUUUUUAGUGAUCUUCAAAAAAUCAACACACCAACUACUUAUACAACUGUUGAAAAUGAAUUAUCCGAUGGCAACAUAACAAAUUCCAUUAAUGGUUCUACCAUGCAGUUGAUGAAAGUUCAUAACAGAAUUAAUGAAAAAUUGCAGUAUUUAGAAAAUAUACUGGAACUGCUAAAAAUCAUUGAAAGGAUUGACAAAAACUAUGAAAAAUUUAGUAGGAUCUUAAGUGAAUCAUCAAUAGUUGAUGAUAUAUUCUUCGAGUUGCAUAGUUUCUUGUGUGGUUCAUUUACAGAAGAAAAAAAUCUAUCUUCAAUUUGGAAACGAAAAAGAAGCUAUGAAAGCUUAGAAAAAUACUUGAAAAGUAAUGGUGAGCUUCCAACAGUUAGCUCCAAAAAAUAUGAAUAUGAUCCUUACUUCUCAAAAACAUGUAAUAAGCUGUAUGAAAAACUAGAAACAUCCAAAGUAUUUAAUUUUUUAUGGAAAAUGAUCAAACCAUUUGCCAAAGGAAAAGUCAUAUUUAGUCCUAAUACGACUACUGUUGUAAGAAUCAUUGAAAGGAUGAAGGAAAAUAUGAUGCCACAAUUCCCUGAGCAUGAUAUAGAGUCGUAUUUACCUAAAAUAGAUUUCAGUCUGUACAAUAAGGCUAGUGAAAAUAUUGUGUUUUUAAAGAAUUUCAUUGAUAAUUAUAAAAAUGAAGAUGUACUGAAGAAAAUGGUUGAUGGCACAUUAAAAGAAACAAUAUUGAAAUCAUUAGAUCUUCAAAAUAAGCUACAUAAAUCAUAUGAAAAAAUUGAAAAAUUAAAAGAAGAUACUUUUCCGGAAAACAGAAUUUCUUUAGCUGAAAUGUUAAAGUGUUACAGUUCUAUACAAUUUGAAGGAUAUCAAACAGAAAAAGAGGCAGAAUUGAGAAGCCAAUCUCUUUGUGAAAAUGAUGAAUUAUUAGUACAAAUCAGCUUUCUAAAUAUGAAUGGAACCGAAUUAAAUCCUUUAACAGAAUAUAAACUCAGGAUGAACAGUAAUAGACUUCCCAAAGAUGGAGAUAUUAAUUCAUAUUCACCCAAAGUUGGCGCUAACUUUGAUCCAAUAGAAGAUUUACAUUUCAUUACUUUUGGCUUUAUUUAUAUUCAAGAUAUUAUUGAAAAAAGUAUAAUUACUGAAUUGACCGGAAGAACUGAUACACCUGGUUACAUUUUAAAACAGUUCCCGUACCCCUGUCACACUGAAGAUUGGUUUAUGUCUUCUCUAGCUCAUAUGUUUCCAUUAUUUAUGGUUUUAUCGUGGGUUUAUACUUCUUCCAUGACAAUCAAGAGUAUUGUGCAUGAAAAAGAAGAAAAGCUAAAGGAAAUAAUGCAUGUGUUAGGCUUGAACAAUGCUGUGCAUUGGUGUAGUUGGUUCAUUGAUAGCUUUAUACCAAUGAGCAUCACUGCUUUUUUUUUAUCCAUAUUGUUAGUGAAAGGGAGAAUAUUAGCCAAUACUGACAUGUCCUUAGUAAUGAUCCUUUUAUUGUUUUAUACUUUUGCUAUUAUAUCCCAAUGCUUUCUCUUAUCAGUGUUUUUUUCAAAAGCAAAUGUUGCAGCGACAUGUGGUGGUAUUAUUUUCUUUGUUACUUAUUUACCAUUUCCUUUUAUUGAAUAUUGGGAUUAUUAUCUUUCUGGAUCAAUAAAAAUCAUUGCAUGUUUGUCAUCAAAUGUUGCACUGGGAAUCGGUUCAAAAAUCUUAGCCCUUCAGGAAUUGAAAGGCACAGGUUCUACUUGGCAAAACUGGACACACAGUCCUCUAUUGGAAAAGCGAAUAACAUUGGCUCUUAUCAUAAUCAUUCUUUUAGUUGAUUCCAUCCUUUAUUUUUUACUUGCCUUGUACAUUGAACGAGUAUUUCCGGGUAAUAUAGGCUUGCCAAAACCAUGGUAUUUUCCUUUUGUCAGAAAUUAUUGGAUCAGAAGAAGAGAUAUUCUUAGAAUAGAUUUCAAAACAGAUGAACAAGAAGUAACAUAUACGAAUGAACCAGAACCUACAGAUCUCAAGAAAGGUGUUGAAAUCAUAAAUCUUUCAAAAACGUAUAAUAAUGGGAAGCAAGCUAUAUCAAACCUCAAUGUCAAUUUCUAUGAAAAUCAGAUUACAGCAUUUUUAGGAAGAAAUGGGGCUGGGAAAACAACAACGAUAUCCAUCCUUAUGGGUCUUUUUCCUCCCUCUAAAGGAACUGCUUUGGUUUAUGGACAUGACAUUCGCAAUGAAAUGAGCACAAUAAGAAAAAGUCUUGGAGUGUGUCCCCAACAUAACAUAUUAUUCAAAAAUUUUACAGUAGAAGAACAUUUAUGGUUUUUUGGAAGACUUAAAGGCCACGAUCCUGGCAAAGUGCAAGUAGAAAUCCAACAAAUUCUAACUGAUCUUAAUCUUUUUGAAAAAAAAAAUUCUCUUCCCAUCUAUUUGUCUGGUGGUUUGAAAAGGAAAUUAAGCAUUGCUAUUGCAUUCAUUGGUGGUUCACGAACUGUGAUACUAGAUGAGCCUACAGCUGGUGUUGAUCCUUAUUCAAGGAUUGGAAUAUGGAAUCUACUUCAAAAACACAGGAAAGGAAGAACAAUUAUCAUAACAACACACAUUAUGUCAGAAGCCGAAUUAUUGGGCGAUAGAAUAGCAAUAUUUACUAAUGGCCAUCUCCUUUGCUACGGGUCGCCAACCUUCUUAAAAUCUAGAUUUGGGAGUGGAUAUGUUUUAACAAUAGACUACAAAUCUGAGGAUCAGAACGAAGAUUUUGAAGAUAAGAAGAUUACAAAUAUUACUAAGGAAAUUAAAAAUUACGUACCUAAGGCUGAAGUAUCUGAAAAAUUUGGAACAGAAAUUAAAUACAACUUGCCUAAAUUGGGAGGCAGUGUUUACAAAUAUCAAAAACUUUUUAAGUAUUUAGAAGAAAACAGGACCAAUUUAGGAAUAAAUUCAUUUGGUGUUUCUGACACAACAUUAGAAGAGGUCUUCUUAAAAGUUGUUGAUGAAGAUGAUGAUAUUGGUGAGAAAUUACAAGAUAUCAAAGAGUUUGAAGGGGAAGAUAAAGAGUUUAUCAAAAGUGAAACUGUGCUGGAAAAAAAAAGAAUAGAUUACUUUAGACAUUUCAAAGCAUUGCAUACUAAAAGAGCGCGACAUAGCAGAAGAAACAUGAUUGCACUAGGCCUACAGCUACUACUUCCAGUCUUAUUUGUUUGUUUAUGUAUGUGGAUAACUUACAAGUUGCCUCCUUUGGAGCAGCCAAGAGCAAUUUAUGCCGAUCAUUCGAUUUGCCCUGAAUGUCUUGCAGGUUUCAUAAGUAUCAAAAAUACAUCAGGUAUCUGGACUGAAAAAUAUAUUGAAGAAUUGCUAACACCUGCUGGAUUUGGAUCUAAGUGUGUUUGGAAAAAUCAAAAAAAUUGGCCUUUUAACUGCAGGAUACCAGAUUUUAGGAAUGGAAGUAAAGAAUUAAAAGAUUUAGAAGAGUGCUAUUGUUCAGAGCAAGGAUCUUAUGUCUGUCCACCAUGUCAUGCCUAUCCUAAACUGAAUAAGAUAAUUGUCUCUACUGGUAAAGAAAUGGUGAAUAUUACUGGAAAAAACACUUCUCAGUGGAUAAUGGAUACUUGGCAUUGUUAUGAAAGAAUCAGGCGAGGAGGCUAUACAUUUGGGAUUGAUAUCCCUAGAAAAGAAUUGAGUUUAUUGAAAAUGAAAGAUCAAAAAGUAGUUAAUGAAAUGAGGAACAAGUAUAAUAAUUACUCACAGAAUGACAACAUUAAGAUAUGGUUUGAUAAUAGGUGGAAAAUGGCACCCACUGUAUAUUUAAACAAUAUUAACAAUGUAAUACUUAGAGCUUCUCUUCCUCCUAACGUUUCAAACUAUUAUGGUAUCAAACUUUAUAUUCAUCCAAUGAAUUAUACAAGAAAACAGUAUGAUUAUGAAUAUAGGUUUAAGGCAGCUUCAGCACUUCUCCAUUCUGUUGCUCUCAUUUUUGCACUCAGUUUCAUUCCUGCUUCUUUUGUCAUUUAUCUGAUUGAAGAAAGAGUCUCAAAUUCAAAACACUUGCAAUUCAUGUCAGGUGUUAAUUGGGUUCUUUAUUGGGUUGAAGCUUUAUUCUGGGACAUGGCCUGCUAUAUUCUUUCAAUUGUUCUUUGCAUUUUAUCAUUAAUGAUAUUUAAAGCUGAAGCAUAUACUAACCCUAAGAGUCUACCAGGUCUAACAUUACUGCUUAUAUUGUACGGAUGGGCAGUUAUACCAUUAAUGUAUCCUGCCAGCUUUAUCUUUGAUGUUCCGAGCUCUGCAUUUGUUUCCUUGGCCUGUUUGAACAUUGUCUUAGGUGUAACAACAACUGCAUCUACUUAUGUUUUAAAAGUUUUUAAUGAUGAGUAUCUCACAGAAAUUGAACGCGUUUUAAGAAAUAUAUUUGUAUUAUUUCCGCACUUUUGCUUAGGAGAAGGAAUUUUAAAGAUUGCUGAAAUGCAUGUUGUGAUGACUACUCUUUCAUCAGUAUAUGGUGUACAAUUAGAGACUGAUUUAUUGUCUAUAGAGUUCCUUGGAAAAAAUUUCUUAUCAUUAUUUGCUGCAGGAAUACUAUUUUUUUCUCUUGUAUUAUUAAUCGAAAGAUGUCAUUCUCAUAGAUUUCUUCCAGAAAUGGCGGUAACGUUGGACCCACCUUUACUGGAUGAUGAUGAUGUAAUAGCUGAAAGAAACAGGGUUCUUAAUUCUGAAACUGAUGAUGUUCUAGUUUUGAGGUGCUUAACAAAGAUAUAUUCUGCAAAUAAACAAGUGGCAGUAAACCAGUUAUGUUUAGGAGUGAAGAAGGGAGAAUGUUUUGGAUUGCUAGGCCUGAAUGGUGCUGGUAAAACAACUACAUUUAAGAUGCUGACGGGAGACAUCACAAUAACUUUUGGAGAUGCCCGUAUCCUUGGCUAUAGUAUACGGAAUAAAUCAGCUUAUGUGAAAUCUCUGAUUGGGUAUUGUCCUCAAUUCGAUGCAUUGCACAGCCGACUGACAACUGAAGAACAUCUUGAAUUCUAUUCACAUUUACGAAAUAUUCCACUUUCAGAAGUUGAUGAGGUUGUGCAGACAUCAUUGAAAAAGUUUGAUUUAUUAAAAUUCAAGGAUGUAUGUACUCAAUACCUGUCUGGAGGAAACAAGAGAAAACUUUCAACUGCUAUUGCUAUGCUUGGGAAUACCCAUCUUGUAUUUCUGGAUGAGCCAACAAGUGGCAUGGAUCCUAAAGGUAGAAGAUUCCUUUGGUCUAGGAUAAGAAAUUGUGUUGCCAGUGGUCGUGCUGUUGUUUUAACAUCACAUAGUAUUAGUGAAUGUGAAUCAUUAUGUUCAAGAGUGACGAUUAUGGCAGAUGGGCAGUUCAGAUGUCUUGGAAGUACACAGCAUUUAAAAAAUAAAUACGGUCAAGGGUACAACUUAGCAGUACGGGCUCCAAUUCAGAACUUGGAUGAAGUUAAAAAGAAAAUACUGAUGAUGUUUCCAAUCGCAACUGAACUAUCAACGCAUGGUUCGCAAACCAAAUUCGAGGUCAACGUAGACACCGUGUCUUUAUCCAAGGCUUUCCAUCUUCUCGAAGCUAUGAUUCUUACCUCUUUGAUUGAAGACUACUCUAUUUCCCAAAAAUCACUUGAAGAGAUAUUUUUACAUUUUGUGAGAUUGCAAAAUGCAGAAAAAACAACAUUUAGAAAAGAUCCGUGAGUUGCUUUCAUCUUUGCAGGUCUCUGUGGCUUCUAAAAUCUAUGAUUAUAUGUGCCUUCUUAUUUCCUAAUCACUUUAAAUCCCAAAAAAUUAAAAUUCUGUUAUAGAGCAAUGUA